AUGGUUGAACACAUGCUUCAAAAAAGUCGGAAAAAGCAGGCGCUGCUGUGCGCCGGGGUGUUGAUAGUUGCGCUAUGCGCUGCAGGUGGGGGCAUUUUUGUGGGCAUGCAGAUGCGCGAGCAUGCGUGCAAAGAAAGUGCUUUGGGCAAGGCAGAUGGAAUGGGGCUGGCGCCUUUGGGGGCGCGCGCAAAAGACCACCUGAAUCCAAAAGCAUGCUUAAAAGAGCAGGCAUAUGAUUUUGAUGCAAAGGUGCAGAAAAUCAUGGCGUGGCUCGAGGAAUUGAAAAAUGACAUAGGGCAGACGAAGGCCAUGAGCGCUAACAGUGUAGAAGAGCUUAAUUGUUUCAAAGAAAAUUAUGCAAAGUUUUUGAGCGACUUGCAAAGGCAUAUUAAUAGCUUGUAUGAUGCGAGAGAAAAUCCUAAAAAGCUUUUGAAUGAGCUGAAUAAGCUGAAUGAGCUGUAUGAGCUAAUGAAACGCUUGAUUCCAGAAGGGACUCCGUUUGAGUUUGAAAGGGAAAGCGAGGAAGAGGCCGUCGUUGGGGAAGAGAGCGAGAGCCUAGAUACGAAAGAGAUGCCCUAUGAAACUCUGGUUUAA